GGCUACCAAAAGGCGCAAACUAAAAGGAAACCAUUACUCAACCAACACGUUCUGUCAGUAUUUCAUAAGAUCGUGCUCGCAAUUCUCAUCUUCGCCCCCCUUCUUGUCUGGUUUGCAUCCAUUGACAGCAUAGAUGCACGGUCGCACUCGAUGUGCAGCUACCGAAAUCGCCUUACCAACCGCCCUGAAAACCAAACACCCCUCUUCCCAGAUUUCGACCAUGUCUCAGGCCUAAAUGGUACAGCGACAAGCGCCAUAGGCCAUUCAAUUCCACUCAAUGACAUUUUCUCCAAAUUCUACACCGUCAACAUGGUCUUUGGGAAUUACUCCUUCACCGUAGCCAAGGCGAUUGACAUUGUAUGGGACAUUAUUGUCGGGCGCGGCGGACAGGCGCUUCUCUUGUAUGUGCUCUCGCGCAUUCUUUGUGAGGUUCUGCAUAUGCUGCUGGAAAAAGACUCAAUGGCGUACGAUACCUUUGCGUCGCUAUCGCUUAGUGGUCCUACUGCCUGGGGGCUCUGGAUGCUCGGCCGCGAUGUGUUUUCCACCGCCCAGAGGAAAAAAGCAUGGUUCGUCUCUAUGGGCGUAUCUUUGCUGUGGGUGCUGUUUUUCCCGACUGUGAUGAGUUCCAUGGCGGGGUACAUUGCUUUGAGCGAGCCAUAUGUUUAAGCUGGAAGAUAAAGGCCUCAUGCCGUGGUACGAUUUUACCCUACGCUGGUCAGAACAUCCGGCUGCGCGUGUAGCAGAUGGAGAUCGUAUUGGGCUGCAACCUAAUCAGGUUAUUUUCAAAUCGGAUGGUGAGCAGAUUUAUAAGGCUCUUCAGAACUACACAUAAUUUCUCUACUACUGCC